AUGUCGCCGCAGUAUGAGUCGUCCCGCCGUCGCGGGGUAUGGGGUCAUUGGGUUCCCCUUGUCGUGACCGUGACGGUGGCCACCGUCGGCGUCGCGGCCUGGGUCUGGAGCCAGCGCGGGGACGAUGAGCAUGAGGAUGUCGACCAGCCUGCCGUCUAUCAGGAUCUUGACUACGACAACGCCGACUACGGCGACAACCCCCCCUACGGCGUAUCCAGGGAGGGUGUUGCCGACACCACUACUACCGCCCGCGAUGCUGCUGGCUUUGCGGCUGGCGCUCAGGUGCCCGUCGAGUCGUCGAGUUCCGGCUGGGCGGCAUUGCGCCGUACGCCGAGCCCGCAGCAGUUCUUUGACAGCGCUAAGAGGACCGUGGCUGCUGGGGUGACGGCUGCGGGUGCCGCUGUGGGGAGUGCGUUGGCGGCUAUCCGAGAAGAGGACAAGACAGCGUAUGCAGACCACGAGACUUGGUCUGAGGAGGCGGACGCUAAGCAGGAUAGGGUGGUCGAGCCGUCGCCAAGUGGCAAGCCGAGCGCUGGUAACAGCGGUAACAACACCGACAAGACCAACAAGCGCCGGAAGAAGGUGGCCAUCGUUGUGUCGGCGGACAACCGUCUGGACGAGAUUGAUGCCGAUGGGUUCCACGAGCAUGCGUCCAUCCUAUCCCACAUUCCCCGACAAUUGGACUUUUCCACGACCAAGAUCUACGUGCUCAUCUACGCACCGAACCUCAAGGACACCAAUGUGGACGCCAGCAGCAACCUGCCCCCGCCGUCGCUGAGCUCUUCGUUUUCCAACAUUGAUCACGCUCAGGCCCAGGCGUCCGAGGAGGCGCGGAGCCCUCAAAUCACCCCGUCAACUUCGGAUCCCGCCUACAACGCCAUCUACGCCCAGGCCCAAGCUCUCGUUGAAAAGGACAGCCAGGUUCUGACCUUCACCUCCUCCAACGGUCACUCGCACAUCCUGCGCCACAUCCAACCUGACUUCGUGUACCUGCAAGAAUCGCUGUCCGGCGACAACGGCAGCACGGUUACCAGCCUGCAAACCUGGCUGCGCCACGAAAUCGUCCUCGUGGUCGGCGCCGAGAGCGGGCACGGCGGACUGGCCGACAGCGAGUCUGAAGCCGAGAAGCCUGGCAAGGAGAAAACCGGCGAAGUUUGGUGGCACCGAGAGGACCGUGUCGGCCGAGGCCGAGGUGUGGUGGUUGUCGAUGGGACGCGGGUUCAGGAUGAUUGGGCUCGUCGCAUCUUGGGUAAGGAGUGA